GAACGCGUGCAGUUUGGACUUUUGAUUUUUGGCCCAAAUAGAACCAAUCGAACGGAACCCAAAAUCCAAAUUAAAUUCCCGAUGCUGCCUGCUAUCCCUAGUGUUUGCCAUAGUGAAAUGAUAUCUCUUUGCGAAUUCUGCUGAGGAGGCAGCCGCCUGUCGGUGGAACGUGUUGUUUGGCAACGCAGAAAGUUAUGCCAUUAGUUUUGUCCAUAAAAACGGAAACCGUAAACAAAAAACCGAAAAAACCGAAAAACCUAAAACCGAAAACAGAAACCGGCCCGAAACGGAGAAACGGACAUCAUAUUGAAUUUAUGGUAUAGGUGCAGCGUGGAUGUCCACGUCCCCCCCACUCGGCACUGGGGGCAGCGUAUCGCGUAUCGUGUCGUAUUGUAUCGUAUCGUAUCGUAGCGAGGUGCCCGGUUGUCAGGGUGUGACACGACACAGUUUUGGCUGCGUCGGCGCCGAUUUGCACGUGGCAGUGUUGUCUACCUUUCGCCCGUUGCCUUCUCCUUUCCUUUCUGGUGUGCUCGUGUCCUUUGGUUGUUGUCUUACCUUGUUACAAUUACCGUUAUCGCUUGCUCUCUGCUCUCCCUGCAAGUGGAAGGGGUGGGGUGGGUGUGAUUGCUAUUGCCUUUGUCCACCUUGAAACGAAUGAACGAUUCCGACCGGUCUCCGUGCUCCGUGCUCCGUGCAGUAGGGCUCUGAGGGUGCCAGGCUGCUCGUGUCGUGGCAAUAUUGCGGAUGAUAAUUGAAUUUUCGUUGCGGCUGCUUUGUGAAAAUCUCCUAAUUGGAAAUUUGUUAUUUGAAUUCGAUGAACUGUGAAAGCGAAACAAGAAAAAAGUAAAGCAUAAAACUUGAAAUUUCCGCAGCACAAAGGCUAUGGGGGAAUUGAAAAUGUCCUCCAUCUUCUGUCGUUCCAUCAAAGUGCCAUCAAAGUGAAAUGUAAAAAAAUCCAUACAAACACCAAACACCAAAGGAAUUACAAUUACAAUCACAAUCACAAUCAAACGAAAUGGAGAACAUCACGAUAUCCCUGGCGAAUGUCACUGGCGCCACAAACGUCACCAGUGCGGCAGUGGGCGUCACCCCGGAGCCCUUCUUCGCCGAGGAGGAUCGAGUGUCCAUCGAGGACACUGUGCGCUGGCUGGUGCCGUUCUUCUUCGGCAUCAUCGCCGUGACGGGUUUCUUUGGCAAUCUGCUGGUCAUCAUGGUGGUGGUGGCCAAUAAGAACAUGCGCUCGACCACCAAUCUGCUGAUCCUGAACCUGGCCGUCUCCGAUCUCCUCUUCGUGAUCAUCUGCAUCCCAUUCACGGCCACCGACUAUGUCACCACACGCUGGCCGUUCGGCAACUUCUGGUGCCGCAGCACCCAGUACCUGAUUGUGGUGACGGCCUUCGCCUCGAUCUACACGCUCGUCCUGAUGUCCAUCGACCGCUUCCUGGCGGUCGUCCAUCCCAUACGCUCCCGGAUGCUGCGCACGGAGCACAUUACGAUGAUAGCCAUAUUCACCCUGUGGACUGUGGUGCUGACCAUCUCCAUUCCGGUCACCUUUGCCCACGAGGUGGUGGUUCACUACGAUAACAGUUCCAACAUCACCUAUGCCCUGUGCCGCUUUACGAGCAACGAUCUGCUGGACGCCGGCACCUACCAGCUGAGCUUCUUCAUCAGCACCUAUCUGCUGCCCCUGAUGAUCAUCAGCGGGCUGUAUGUGCGCAUGAUCAUGCGUCUCUGGCGACAGGGCAGCGGCGUGCGCAUGUCCAAGGAGUCGCAGCGUGGACGCAAGCGGGUCACCCGGCUCGUCGUGGUGGUGGUCAUAGCCUUUGCCUCGCUCUGGCUGCCCGUGCAACUCAUCCUGCUGCUGAAGGCAUUGGAUGUCUAUGAGGCGCAUAGCCUGUUCCUCAUCAUCAUGCAGAUCUGUGCCCAGACAUUGGCGUACAGCAGCUCCUGCAUCAAUCCGCUGCUCUACGCCUUUCUCUCUGAGAAUUUCCGCAAGGCCUUCUACAAGGCCAUUAACUGUUCGCAUCGAUAUCAGAAUUACACAUCUGACUUGCCGCCGCCUCGCAAGACAUCCUGUGGCAGGACCUCCACAACGGGAAUGUAAACGACACCCAGGGAAGUAUCCUGCGCUAUGAUUGACCGACGGCUGACAAUUGAGUGAGGCCAGUGGAAGUGAAGGCCAGUGAUGAAGUAAAUGUGGACGGCACAUGUGCCCUUAAUUAGCGGCGACCCAGGGACUAAAGCAAAGCUAUCAUCGGGCACUGAAAUGGCGCCCAUUUUCGAAUGGCUAGAGUUAAGUCAUUUCUUGUACAUAGCACAUAGCUUAGUGGAUUGUUUAUUGUAGGCUACUAAGGAUAGAUUAUAUGGUGUCCUAGACGGAUAUUAUACCUAUUGCACACGCAUGUAUUCGGUGCACAAAUAUAUUAUACCAGUCAGUGUGUAUCUCCCCCGUAUAUGGCACUCGAUGCAGCUAAAACUAUUUAUGUAAGAGAAUUUGUUAAUCAAUUUGUGUGCAAACAAUU